GAUCUUCCUUUGAGAAUGGGUACCAGAACGACGAGGGACUGGAACUCGAGCGCCAGGGGCAGGUUCCUGCUGGGCAUCGGGCAACGCGUAAGCUUCGACCCCGAGGCGCCGCCGCCACCGCCCCAGGCGACGCCACCUGCGAGAAAGGUCGAUGAAAAGGUCAAGAGGCACAGUAUCCACGGUAUGAUAGAGGAAGAAAACGUGGUGCGACCACACCAGGAAAUGGCCAGUCUGUCGUAUCAGGAGAAGAAAUACCUGCUCGCGGUGGAGCGUGGGGACGUGGCUUCUGUCAGAAGGAUGCUGCAGGGGGCGCACGAAACGGAGAUGAACAUCAACUGCGUGGACCCGUUGGGACGUUCGGCGUUGCUGAUGGCAAUCGAUAACGAAAAUCUGGAAAUGGUGGAGCUCCUGAUCGAGCACAAGGUCGACACGAAGGACGCUCUACUGCACGCCAUCUCCGAGGAAUUCGUGGAGGCGGUGGAGGUACUCCUGGAACACGAGGAGAAUCUUCAUCAGAACGGAGAGCCACACAGCUGGGAAGCCUUGCCAUCGGACACCGCCACGUUCACCCCGGACAUCACGCCCUUGAUCCUGGCCGCUCACAGGGACAAUUACGAGAUCAUUAAGAUCCUUCUGGAUCGCGGGUCCACGCUGCCGAUGCCUCACGAUGUUCGUUGCGGGUGCGACGAGUGCGUGACAUCGAGAAGGGAGGAUUCUCUGAGGCAUUCCAGGAGCCGGAUAAACGCGUACAGAGCCCUGGCCUCGCCGUCCUUGAUCGCUCUCUCUUCAAAGGAUCCUAUUCUGACUGCGUUCGAACUCUCUUGGGAACUUCGGCGACUCUCCUUCCUCGAGCACGAGUUUAAGUGCGAAUACCAGGAGCUUAGAAGACAAUGCCAGGACUUUGCUACUGCUUUGCUGGAUCACACCAGAAGUUCCUACGAGCUGGAGGUGCUCCUGAAUCACGAUCCCACCGGACCAGCCUUCGAGCACGGCGAGAGAAUGCACCUGAACCGGUUGAAACUCGCCAUCAAACUUCGACAGAAGAAGUUCGUGGCGCAUCCUAACGUGCAGCAGUUACUCGCAUCGAUUUGGUACGAGGGUCUUCCAGGCUUCCGGAGGAAAAACAUGGUGCUCCAGGCACUGGAGAUCGUGAGGAUCGGUGUCCUCUUCCCUUUCUUCAGCGUCGCGUACAUCAUCGCGCCGCACAGCAUGGUCGGUCAGACCAUGAGGAAACCCUUCAUCAAGUUCAUCUGUCACUCGGCCUCGUACUUCACUUUUCUCUUCAUGUUGAUUCUGGCCAGUCAACGGAUAGAGAGCGUGAUUGGCAACUGGAUGGGCCACGACGUCGUGGAACACGAGCCAGCGCCCACGAAAAGAGGCGCUGCUCCGACGAUCGUCGAAUGGUUCAUCCUGGCCUGGGUAUCCGGCCUGAUCUGGUCCGAGGUGAAGCAGCUGUGGGACGUCGGCCUCGAAGAGUACGUGAAUGACAUGUGGAACGUGAUCGACUUCGUAACGAACUCCUUGUACGUCGCGACUGCCGCGCUAAGGGUGGUCGCUUACUACAGGGUGCAGAAGGAAAUGGAGAACCAGAUCGAGCUGCAACGCGAACAGUGGGGCACGUGGGACCCGAUGCUCAUAUCCGAAGGUCUUUUCUCUGCCGCCAACAUAUUCAGCUCUCUGAAACUCGUCUACAUUUUCUCCGUAAAUCCUCAUCUCGGUCCCCUGCAAGUAUCCCUGUCCAGAAUGGUGAUGGACAUCAUGAAGUUCUUCUUCCUCUAUGUGCUGGUGCUAUUCGCGUUCUCCUGCGGUCUGAACCAGCUGCUCUGGUACUACGCGGACAUGGAGAAGAAACGUUGCCAUGCCGUUUCCGCCAUGUCCCACGCCCCUAGCGCCAACAUCACCACCGACUCCAACGCUUGCAUCGUUUGGCGCCGAUUCGCCAACCUGUUCGAAACCGCGCAAACGCUGUUCUGGGCCGUUUUCGGACUGGUCGACCUCGAGAGCUUCGAGCUGGACGGCAUCAAAGCGUUCACCAGGUUCUGGGGCAUGCUGAUGUUCGGCACGUACUCGGUCAUCAACAUCGUCGUACUACUGAAUCUACUAAUCGCCAUGAUGAAUCAUUCCUAUCAGUUGAUCUCCGAACGUGCCGACAUCGAGUGGAAGUUCGCCAGGAGCAAACUGUGGAUCAGCUAUUUCGAGGAAGGCGGUACGGUUCCACCGCCGUUUAACAUCAUUCCUACUCCGAAGAGCGUUUGGUACAUGGUGCAGUGGAUGUACCGGAAGCUCUGCGGGCACAGUCGGGCGGCGAAGAAGGAGCACAUGAGAACGAUCAGAAGAAAGGUUAAGCAGGCGUCCGAGAGGGACUUCCGGUAUCAAAGCAUCAUGAGGAAUUUAGUGAGAAGAUACGUGACGGUGGAGCAAAGGAAAGCCGAGAGCGAGGGGGUAACGGAGGACGAUGUGAACGAGAUCAAGCAGGAUAUCAGCGCCCUGCGAUGCGAACUGAUCGAGAUCCUGAAGAAUUCCGGCAUGAACACGUCCACGGCCAGUGGCACCGGAACUGGUGCGGGGGGUAAGAAGAAUCGCCAAAAGGAGCGGCGGCUAAUGAAGGGCUUCAAUAUCGCCCCUCAGCCGAGUGGAAGUGGCUCUCUGCCGCCGGUUGACGAAUUUACAGCCUCGCUGCAGCAAGUGCAACAAGAGAACUCUCACGAGCUAUUCGGCUCGACUUUGAGCGGCAUAUUCGGACCGGGCACCACUCCCAAGAAAAGUCCUCAUCACACCAGCACCAACAGCGUUCCCGGACUCGGUCCGAGCAGACAGAGCCGCAGGAUCAGAGGAAGCUCGAAGAAGAAGAGAUGGGAGAACCUUAUCGAGGCGGCGAAGGUUCGAGGCAGAGUCUCGAGGCUGAUCGGUAGAUCUCGUUCCGAGGAUUCCGUGUACUCGCCCGCGUCAGAAGAUGGCGGCUCGAGAUCGGAGGGAUCGACGGACUCGAAGUCUUCUUUGGAGACUCCUGGCCACGAAGUUCAACCCACUCACCAUUCCCAUCACUCGCAUCAUUCGCAUCAUCACGAAGGUCAUCACGUGUUCACUCACGGUCUAGGCGCGCUGGUGGCGCUUCGGAAGAAACGGAAAACAUUCUCGGACUCUAGAUCGUCGACCUCCGGCAUGAGGAGUAGCAGCGGCACGAACCCGAUGUAUCCGAUCGCCUCGGCUCUUGUCUCGAAGGUAUCGAAGAAGCAGCAGCUGCAGAGGGCCAGCAGCGUGCCAGCAAGAGGACCGGAACUGGGCCAACAACCGAUACCCCCGAGAAGACACGAUGGUACUCAGAGUCAGCAACCUAGCAUCGAUACUCCCGAGGGUGCCAGCGCGAACGAGCAACCUGUGGUUCCGGCGGCUCCGCUGACACCAUCGACCACCGAGGAGAGCGUGGUCGCGAGCAGUUCCCUUCCAGCGACCAUGAAGAGAAACGGGUCGGCGACGCAGUUGCAGCGGCUUCCGGGCAUCGAGCCGAUAUCCGGCCACGACGUAUCCGGGGGAUGGCUCUGAGAAGAUGCACCGGUCGCGCAACAGCGACGUAUCGGCUAUCGGAACAGAACUCGCACGUAGACGAGUACCGUUUGCAUCGGCCCGCGGAAGCUGGAGCGACGACAUCGAUCGAUGGAGGAUCACGUAAGACCGCGUGGUCGUCGGCACACGCACAAUGAUGCCUUCUGGCGACGACGCACUUCGCCGAGAGACAUACAAACUAUAUAGAUAUAUGUACAUGUAUCGAUAAGCGACGUAGCCCGAGAAUCUCGAGCAACGCGAGCUCGUCGACCCAACACGGCCCUCUUCCCUUCAACGACUCGAGGAAAAACGCGCAGGGAAGAGAGAAUCCAACUAUAAUACGCGCGUCGUCCUCUCUCGUUUCUAGAGUGGGAGGUUAACUUUCGCGGCGCUUUACGAGAAAUAAUCCCGACAAGCUUCUCAAUUCGGACGAGAAACUCGCGAACUGUUUGUUCGGAGAGGAAUUCGAAGGUCGUCGAGAUUCCUCGCGUCGAUCGCGUCGAUCUAUCGCGUUCCGAGCGGCCAUCUUGUGGCACACUAGCGCCACGUGGUCACGCCGUCGAAGUUAAUCUCGUCGAGUCGCGUCGAGCCCCAUACGCAAACGUUGCCACCGAUGAUUUUGUACUGCGACGAUCUCGCAUCGUCUCACGACCUAAACUACCGUACUCUUACUACUACUGCUACUACUGCCAGAACGGAAAGGGCAAGUGGGUCGACGACAACUAACCUAGUCAGCGUUAGUCGGACGAUCCGAUGCGAAAGAAGAGGAUUACGACGAUCGAUGCUGCGUUAACCUUUAACGGACAAUUAUAAUCAACCUGUCGACGCUAUCGUCGAUCGUGGUUGCGAACAGGCCAGCACGUCGAGUUAAUCCUUACCGCUUCGGGAAGCUGGUCUACCGAAGAUCGGGGCUUCCCUCGAUCUUCUCUCAAUUUUCGCGGUUCGACUAGCAGUCUCUCGACCCGUUAUUUUAUCAUUCAACGAACUCUAGUCAGUGAUCUAAUCAGACGCGUCUUUUAUUUUCCCUUGCUCGGACGUCGCGCGAGGAAGGAAGGAAAUCGGUGCUCCUUGUCGUCGGGUCGAUACUCGUUAUCGGAAGGAGUCGCAAACGAGCUGAAUCUGCCGACAAUGCCGGCGAGCGAAACUACCCGAUGCAGGAAAAUUGGCGGAACCGGGGAACCACGGACGCGACGAUACACACUCCCCU